UUUGAGUCUAAUAUAUAGUAAACCAAAAACAAACGAACUCUAUUAUUUCACCAUCAUGUCGAAUCAACCCAUUGACCCCUAUCAAUACCUCCAAAUCUUCCGCAACCCCGACGGCACCUUCACUCGCCUAAACGACGCCGUUCCAUGCACCCCACCCUCUUCCGACCCCACUCUCUCCGUUCUCACCAAAGACAUAACCAUCAACCAACAAAACAACACCUGGCUCCGUCUAUUCCUACCCCGAACAGCACUAUCCUCAAAUUCCAAUCCCAAGAAGCUACCUCUCAUCGUUUUCUUUCACGGUAGCGGCUUCGUGCGACUCAGCGCGGCUUCCACAAUGUUCCACGAUUUUUGCGUCGAAAUGGCGAACACCGCGGAGGCCUUCGUGGCCUCCGUUGACUACCGCCUCGCACCGGAGCACCGGCUUCCGGCGGCGUACGACGAUGCCGUGGAGGCGCUGCGGUGGAUCGCGUGCAGCGAAGAGGAGUGGUUGACGCAAUAUGCGGAUUAUAGUAAGUGUUAUCUUAUGGGGAAUAGUGCUGGGGCCACUAUUGCUUACCACACAGGUCUACGUGUGUGUGAAGUGGCGAAUGAUCUCGAGCCACUGAAGAUCCAAGGCUUGAUAUUGCGUCAACCAUUCUUUGGUGGAACUCAGAGAAACGAGUCAGAGUUAAGGCUUGAGAAUAACCCGAUUCUUCCAUUGUGUGUUACCGAUUUUAUGUGGGAAUUGGCUCUACCAAUUGGUGUUGAUCGUGACCAUGAAUAUUGCAAUCCAACGGCAGAGAAUGGGGUUGAGAAAUUAUUGGAUAAGAUGAGGGAGCAUUGGUGGAGGGUAUUGGUGAGUGGCAAUGGUGGGGACCCAUUGGUGGAUCGUGGAAAGGAGCUGGCACGGUUGAUGGAAGAAAAGGGGGUGCAAGUGAUGAAGGACUUUGAAGAAGAAGGGUUCCAUGGGAUAGAAAUUUUCGAUCCACUGAAAGCGAAGCAACUCAUUGCUUUAGUGAAAGAUUUCAUUUACAUGAUCGGUGCUUAGGGUCAACGUUGUACCAAACACAAGUUUCAGUGUGUUGUCGUCAUUGUUAGCAUAGCAUGUUAUCUUUUUUAUUAACAAUAAUUAUAAUCACUCGAUUUGUAACGAAUAAAAAAUGACUUAUGUGAAUAAAUACGUUCUGUGAUAAACAAGUUAUUUUUAUUA